AUGGCACUUAGAGAGAUAUACACUACCCUUCACACAUCCGUCCGUCUGCCAAGCAAUCGAAAGCUCAACCUCGAACUCAUCUCAUCAGCACAUGGAUCCAAACUUCACAACAGAACACACACCAAUCUCCGACAGAAUGCUACACUACGAGACGGAAUGGUUCGAUUCCAUAGUCACAGCAGCCGGAACCUCACCUCCAGCACCUCCGGAAGACCUACCCGACAGCAAUCCACCCUAGCAGUUCUCGCGUGCCUACUUCUCAAAGACCGAAUCGCACCCGAUCAAGAUUCAACAAGUGCAGACGAGAACUCUUCAGAAAACGAAGAUGGCGAGGACAGCCUCUCACCAGGAACCCGCCUAGCUCGCUCCAUAGCACGAGCAAUCUCCCCCGUCUUCCCUCAGAAACCAAACAGCCACUCAAACGACCUCGACGACUCCAAUACCCAACUCCGCGCUCACCUCACCACCCAAUGCCUAGCAGCCGCCGACGCAGGCUUCAAAGUCCUCAAGCUCCUCGCCUCGCGUGGUCCAGAGAAUCUUGACAACCCUGACGUCCUCGUCACGCUGAUCGCCUACACCAAUCCCGCCGAGGAAUGGACGACUCCUGAGCUAGCGGCUCGCGCCACCCUCAUCCUUCAGCAACACCUCGAUUCCGCCGAAAAGUCCAACUCUAAGAAACAAGGCUUCAUAAUAACCCACAUUCUCCCCAUCUACCUCCGCCCCCUCUUCUCUCGCUCCUCCCCUUCCCAGCCACUCAUCACCCCCUCGGGCCGUCCAUCCGCCUACGGUCAAAACCCCGACGCCCGACCUUCUGGUCUUCCCGAUGACUCGAGCAAGACCAAACCGUGGAAAUUCGUCGAUCUGCGUGCCAUUACUGUGUUUGACUGGACUGUUUCUGAAGCGGACGAGGAAUCGACAAUUACCAACUCUUGGCCGCUCUUCAUUCCGGUGCUGCUGACGCUGGCGGAUGAUAACUCCACUUCCGUUCGAAGAAGAGGGCUGGUAAUUCUGAAGAAAUUCUUGGACAAGUUUCCGGAUAUAAUUCUGAAUCAGACGGGGCUGAACAAAGUGUUUGAGGACACGGUUCUGCCUACUUUGAGUUAUCUGCCUAGUAUCACGCCGGAGGAGGAGUCAGUGCAGUUGCUUGGGCCGGCGUAUGCGGUGUUGAGGCGUUUGGCGGGGAAGCUGAGUGGAGAGAAGAAGACCAAGUUGCUGGAUAGAGUGGUCAGGGAGGGAAUAUUGCUAGGGUAUUUCCAUGCUAAGGAGUAUGUAAGGAUCGUUGAGGUGUUGUGUCGGGAGAUGGGAGAGGUACUGAUGGAGAUGGGGGUUAAUGCGGUUAAGCAUCUCAAGGAUAUCAUCCCCAUGCUCUCGACAAUCUUAACGGAUCCAUUCGCCUCCCUUCAUCCCCCAACCCUACUAUCAGCUAUCAAAGCCCUUCAAGUCGUCCUCGCAACAUGUUGGCCUCGGAUCCCCAACUCGCCUUGGCAGGGUGAGAUUAUCAAUUCCCUGGUGCUCUGCUGGCUCAAUCUUCACGCCUCUGAUUCCUUGGAAGACACCUUCCCGGCGAUUAGACAGGCACUCGUUCACACAGCAGACGCCCUCGCCGCUGUCCUGGCUACGGAGGUGGAUGAGGGCAAGCCGGCCAUCAGUCUCUCCGAAGUCGUCGAACCGCUAGUGGCGAAAGAACCUUGUCUUUCCCCGCUCUUCUCCGCGGCGUCAAACGAGGAACAAGACUCGGGGUUGGAGUGUUGAAGUUGUCACAGAGGCCCUGGGUUCGGGUUCUCGCCCUGCCUCUGGAUGGUGAGCGAUUUUGUUGGUCAUCUCCGGCUUGAGCCCCAAGGUCUCGU